AUGACGGAAGAAAACCGAAUUGAUAUCUCCGAGGAAGUCAAUCCACCGGCCCCGGCUCAUUCUCAACCGCCCUCGACACAUGCUCCGCCGCCUCCAACUCCCGCGGGCGUACCACCGCCGUAUUCAGGUGCCCCUUCGAUGCAUCUCCCACCCCCAACAUCUUCAGGGGCACCCCUUCCACGAGUCCCACCGGCGUCAUCCACCUCCGACGACCACGCUCGCAUCGCGGCACUCGAGGGCACAGUUAACCAACUAGCUGCCAGCAUGACUACCAACAUGGCCGAACUGUUCGCCCUACUCAGAGGACCGAACCGUGCAUCCUCGAGCUCCACGCCUCCUUCGAGACAAGGGCCAACAGUUGACCCGACCUCUUGGAUUCCACCAACCCAAGUCCCGGAGAAUACGGACGCUCCCGCCUUGCCAACAAUGCACACGUCCACGGUUCACCCGUUCACCAGCCCCUUUCCGCCGCCACCGGCCCCCACGGCCGUCCCUCUUCCACCGGCAGCAUUCUUAUCUUCAGAUCAGGUCUUGUCCGCGCCACCACCUUUCUCCAUGCCGGCCCCAGCCGUAGUCUAUACCGUCCCUCCGCCAAUGGCUUUUCCGGCGUCAAGCGUACCUGCUCCAGCUCACCUUCAAGCCGCAGAACUUCCUCCCUACCCGUCUCUACAACCCCACGUUAACCUCCCCUACUAA